AUGGAACAAGAAUGCAAAACUGCUGCUCCGAGUAAUACUCUCAGUGUUCCGAAGGAAUCAGUAAACGACCCCCAACUGGAUAUUGAUGUAGGAAGUGCUGAAUCAUCUAAGGAACUCUCACCAGAUAAACCUUGCGUAAAGGAAUCUCCACCAAAACAGGUGAUCUCUUUGGACAGGAAUCUGGGAUUUUCUACAGUUCAUGUUUAUCACGAAGAUGAAGAUACUGCCUCGGAUCCUGAUAAGGCAGAUGCUUCAGAGGAACCUUUCUUACUGGUCUCGAACCAAGAUCCAGAUGAGUUAAUCGAAGAAUGUAUCCCUCAUGGAGGAAAGAGUCGUUCAGAAACUCCGCGAGACAAAGGCGAGGAACUCGAGAUGAAAAACCUCAAGUAA